GGGAACCAGAUAUAUGUAUACCCUGAUUACAGGCAACCCACCUGGGUUUAGUUCAGUGCUAUAGUUUCUACCGGAUACAUUUAUUAAACCCAACACAGUGAAUCCGGGUUCGUUGUUUAACAAAACCAGGCUGGAAAAUAGAAAUAUUUUAGGUUUCUUUUCUUCCUUCUUCUUAAACUUUAGCACUGUAAUCUCUUCGCCAGAGACAGAAUUCUAAGAUUUUAGAAAACCAGCGAACCAGGUAUUGCUAAGAGUACUAAGGAAGAGUGUGGAUAGAUGUAAAGAAUGUUGCUGCAGAGCAGUAAUCAAGUAAACCUUCUAGUCUCCGGACUACAGGGUUUACUCUCCAGGGGGACUCUACUAGAUUUAACCCUAGCUGCCGGGGGGAAAACUAUCCGAGCUCAUAGAGUUGUUCUAGCCUCAGCAAGCAAAUACUUUGAGGAAUUGCUGAGUAACCAUGAAGAACAACUUCCAGUUGUUUUCUUCAGAGACGUUUCCUUCCUGGAGAUAGAAUCUUUAGUUAAAUAUAUAUAUACUGGAGAAGUCGAGGUUCCAGGAUCCGCUCUUCAAUCCUUCCUUGCCCUAGCUCAUUCACUCGGAGUAACAGGAUUCGCUGAACCUCUAGAUAAAACUCCGACCAAGAGAAAACUGGAAUGGGGUACGGAGACGAAAGAAAAUCAAGCUGAACUACCAAAGAAAGAUAAGAAACCUGAACCUAAGAUAUUCUCCCCACUAUGUACUCCGUCCAAGAGUAGAAGUGAACCUGCAUCUCUGCUUGAGACAGCUCUGCAGUGCAGCAGUACUAAAAAACGAAAAUUACAAACACAAAGUUUAACAGAUGAUCUAGAGAACAUUGAUCCAAACCUUUUUAAUCUUUCAAAUAUGUUUUUUGAAAAAAGACGACCUUCUGUAGGAAAUCAUGCUAAAAGAAAUAAUUGUGACAAAGAAAAUUGUUUUCCUAAUGGAGGAGUUUUAAACCCUACAUCUAGUCCUGAUCCUCUCAACUCAACUCAAUCUAAAUCGUCCCAUCGAGUAGAGCGGAGUAUAUCCUAUUUAACAAAACUAAAAGCGAGCCCCUUUAAGGAUCAAACAAACCAUGCUCCCUCCUCCUCCCUUCCUGCUCCACAAUCCCCUAAAACCUCAAAUACAUCCUCACAAUCAGGACACUCCUCAAAUUUCAGUUUUGAUUCUCAUUUCCUGGAUCCUGAUGAGCUGGCAGCCAAGGGAGCAACCCUACUUCAUCAUCUGGCUGUCUGGAUGAUUCAACAGCGGAAGGAUGGAAAUCAACACUUUUAUCAAGGAUCGGGAACUUAUGUCGGAGAUGAUCUUCCCUCUCCGAACCUUGAGGACGGGACGGAGAAAAAUGAAGCAACUCCUGCUACACGUCAGCAAUCCGUCCACGCCUCGUCCUACUCAGCUGUUAGAAAAACAGGACGGAAAUCCCUUCUAAGCGGAUCAGAAUGUGACAGACCGGAUUCUGGGUUCGACUCUAAGGAUGAUCAAGAGGAGGAGCAUCCGUUGAAAAGAGAAAGCUCCGAAGGUUCUCCUGAGCUGGGAGAGAUGUCAAGACAAGCCAUGGCGAGGCAACCAAUCAAGAAGAAACGAGUCUUCCAUCAUAAUAUGAUUUAAACCUAAACAAUAAUCCACUAAUCAUCUUUAAUCUCUAUAUUAUUUGAUUUCUGUGAUCAAGAUUCUCUCAACUAACAAUUUUAAAGUAAUUAAUAUUUUAAUCACUUAGCAAUGCAUUUGUAAUAAAGUCUAGAAUACAAUAAAAAUAU